AUGAUGUGUGCGGUAGAGACAGGUCCUAAUGCCAUUCCAGUCUCCCUUGAGUUGGGAAACCAACUCCUCCGCACUGCGGGAGGAGCUUAUAAGAGCGAUGAGCGCGCGGAAGGGACUCAGUCGUUUUCGGAAACGCGGCGGGAGUCUGGGUCAACGUCGAUCCUGAGUGAAGAGACUCCGGACGCGACGCUGAAUAGCAGCAGGAAGUCUGCAGAGGUAACAGACGACGGCCAUAGGUCUGACGCGACAGAGAUUGUGCCACACUGGUGGAGGGAGACUUGUACGAAAGAGUCUUACGAUCAAGGGGGAGCGUUGUGUUGUGCGGGUGCGACGGCGGUACUUCGCGUUGAGCUCGCGGGGAGUCCUUGUGAGACCCUCUUGGACACUGGGGCUUCGCGAAGUUUCAUUAGUCCUAAAAUAGUCGAACGACUGCAGCUGAAAGUGCGGAGACUUCCAAAAGAACAUAGGUUCACUGUUGAUACAGGGGCACAACUACGUAUUGAUCGGGUAGUGACGGGAUUGACGCUGUGGUGCGGACAUACGCGUUUUUCCGAGGACGUUCUGGUGGGACCCGUUCCCUACGACUUAGUCUUGGGUUUGGAUUGGCUGACGGAACACAAGGUGGCCUGGUAUUUCCAGUCAGACAAGCUCCGAACCUAUGUGAAUGGCCAGUGGUGCGAGUUACCGGUCGUUCGAACUGGUGAAACGACGCUGCAACGUGAUACUGCCACCGUAGUCCACCCAAGGACCCCAGCAGAGCAAGCAUACGAGAUAUUGGCCAAACAAGUGGCGGGUAUGUCAGCCGAGGAGGCAGCCGCAUACCUACGCCCGCCUCCAAGGAGGUAUAAGUCCCACGCAAAGACUAAGGCGAAGGCGCGGAUAACGUCGCUCGUUCGUCAGGCGGCGGACGACACAAAUGAUAUCAGUACUCCAUUGCAGGGGAGUAAACCCACGUCCUCCGGCUGCCGUAGUCUUUUGGCCUCAACCGCCUCGGUGGCAGCGGAGAGUGACGAGGAGUCUCCCUGGCCUACGGCAAAACUCGAGCACACUCUAUUCGACGAAUGGAUAAAUUUGACAGAGGCGCAGGAUAUUCCAUGUGAGGUUGCCCAGGUGUUGCACGAGUAUCGAGCGGUUUUUCCCGAUACCUUACCUAAAGACCUACCUCCGAAGCGCCCUCAUGAUCAUCAUAUUCUCCUUGUGCCUGGAAAACUCCCAGCGAGAUCUGCAAUAUACCGUAUGACCCCAGAUCAGCUCACAUUCCACAAACAGGAGAUAGCUAAACUAUCGGACAGUGGUUGGAUUGGACCGACCUAUUCGCCUAUUUGCUCUCCUACGAUCAUGGUGGACAAACGUGAUGAUGGCUCCGGGGAGCGGAAGAUGCGUAUGGUUGUCAAUUACCAAGCUCUAAAUGCCCUUUCGAUAGCCCCUGAUUUUCCACUACCUCCCAUUCAAACCAUUCUGGAGCUGCUGGGAGGCGUCAAGUAUUUUUCCACCUUGGAUCUUGGAGCAGGAUUCCAUCAAGUACGUAUGGCUAAGGAAGACCGGUGGAAGACGGCUUUCCGAUCCGUUCUCGGACUAUUCGAGUACCGCGUGAUGCCCUUCGGCCUUAAGGGCGUCAGUUUCAAAUGGACAGAGCUCCACACGCAAGCGGUGCGGCAGCUCAAACAGCGCUUAAUCGACUUCACUAUCUUACAAGUCCCUGACACGACGAAACCCUUCGAGUUAUACACAGAUGCCUCUGGUUAUGCAAUCGGAGCAGUUCUCGAACAAGACGGUAAACCCAUCGGCUUCCUCAGCCAAGUCAUGAGCCCCACGCGACAGAGAUACUCGAUCUACGAUCAUGAACUCUUGGCGUUGGUCACGGCGCUGGACAAGUGGUCGCACUUGCUCCGUGUCUCCAAGGGAGCGCGCAACCAAGUUGCCGACGCCUUGUCUCGCCGUCCCGGCCUCCCUACCACCUGCUCGCACGACACACCAUCGGUACCGCUGAUGCUCGCAACAGGACAAGCGAGCGCGAAUCCCCGCUCUCGUGGUCCGCCUCCCAACUACCGAGAGCUCGCUGGAAUUCGUCCGCGACGCCCUCGACGACGCAGCACGCCGUCUGCGCCUUCCCCUGCGCCGCCGGAACCCAACCCCGAGCCGGAACCUUCUACACUCACAACGAAGGCACCCGCUGACCCUCCUGAUGUGCGCCAUUGGCCGCAAGCGUACUCGAAGUGUCCUGUUUUUCGCGUUCCCUACAAGGCCGCAGCAAACCGACCAGGAAAAGCUCUGCAAAUCGAGUUUUGUCAUCGCCAAUCUACCUUUCGCUACGUAGAGCCUUACCUGCACACCCGCGUUCAUGGACUGUGGCGCAUCUGCGUCCCACAAUUCCGUGAGUUCCUUACUCACGCUCUGCAUUCGCAUCACGACCAUGUCAUAGCCGGCCAUCGAGGCCAGAAAAAGACCUUUGCGGCUCUCAGCAAGCACUACUACUGGCCAGGAACGCGUGCCUACACUACUGCUUAUAUUGAGUCAUGUACCCACUGUCGCGUAUCAAAGUCCAUUAACCAGAAGCCUGCAGGCCUUCUUCAACAGUUGCUCAUCUCUUCUCGUCAAUGGACGCACGUGAGCCUCGAUUUCAUCACAGAUCUUCCCCUUACAACGACAGGGCACGACUCGAUCCUUUUCAUGGUCGACUCCCUUAGCAAGAUGGCUCAUUUCGUUCCUGCAAAGAAGUCAUUCACAGCAGCAGACACCGUGGAGCUUCUCGCAGACCGCCUUAUGCGCUAUCAUGGUUUUCCAGAGGUGCUCAUAUCGGACCGCGUCCCCCGUUUCCAGUCGGAUCUUUGGAACCAGCUCUGCCGUCGCUUUAACAUCAAACGGUGCAUGUUCUCGCCCUACCAUCCCCAAAGCGACGGCCAAACUGAACAGGUGAACCGCACACUGGAGCAGAUGCUUCGUACCUAUAUCAAAACUGACGAACGCGCGUUAGCUCCUACGCUGACUCCUCCGAUGACUAAGCUUUUCCGGCAACUCUGCGACAGAGCACAGAGUCACAUUCUGAAGGCCAAAUGGCAGCAGAAGUACUACGCAGACACGAAGCGCCGAGCAGUGGAGUAUGCGGUGGGAGACAAGGUCUGGCUCACCAGCAACCACCUACCGCCUUUCAACAGCUACCCUAAGUUCGAGUCCCGUUACCGCGGACCCUUCGAAUUCAUCGAACGCAUAGGAACUGUCGCUUACCGUCUCGCUCUGCCUCCCACUUAUGAAUGCCACAACGUUUUCCACGUUUCGCAGCUAGUUCCCCACCGCCCCCGCCCUCCCGCUUUGGUUCCCUCGGCAUCCGACGCUGCCUGGCCUCCCAUCCGAAAUGCAGCAGGCAGUCCCACAGAGGAAUACGAAGUCGACUAUAUUAUGGACGAACGCGGCUCGGGAGGUGCAGCCCAGUACCUCGUGAAGUCGCGCGGGACCCUUGAAGAUCAAGCCACAUGGAAGCCAGCUAACCACCUUCCAGGCUGCCCGGCUUUGCUUCGCGCUUGGCGCCGCCGCCAAUGA